UUAUGGAUACCAGACACUACUUCUAACUUCUAACAUCAGUUCUGUUAAGCCACCAAAUUCAUAUGGCUGCAAGAACACCAAUACCCUCACCUUCACUAUCUCUCCUACCAACAAGAGGCGGCAUCACCGCCACAGCAACCACCGUCUCUUGGUUGACACCCGCGACCCGAUCAGGCAGCAGAAGUGUUCUACGGGUCUAUGCAGCAGCUGCAGCAGGAGGAGAAGGUGGUAGGCAGAGGCCUCCACCAGAUGUUGAUACCAGAAUUCACUGGGAGAACGAGGACGAAGGAUGGGUUGGCGGCAGCAGCAGCAGCGGCACCACCACGCAACAAUCGGUGGAAGAAGAGCAGAAGAAGAACUUGCUUGGUGAAAAGUUCUCUGAAUUGCUCAACAAAUCCACUGAUUCUCAUUACCAGUUCUUAGGGGUGGCGGCAGAAGCCGACUUAGAAGAGAUCAAGGCAGCUUACCGCCGGCUAUCUAAAGAAUACCAUCCCGACACCACUUCUCUCCCACUCAAAGCCGCCAGUGAAAUGUUCUUGAAACUAAGAGAAGUUUACGACGUGUUGAGUGACCCAGAGAAGCGAAGGUUCUAUGACUGGACCUUGGCUCAGGAAGCCGCAAGUCGUGAAGCCGAGAAGAUGAGAGUAAAGCUGGAAGAUCCAUACAUGAAAGAUAUUGAAAAUUUUGAGUCAAUCCCGGAUAUGGUUGACCGGCUCGGAGGAAGGAACAUGGAGCUCAGCGAUCAAGCCAAGUCCGCUCUUACGUUCGAUAUUUUUAUAAUUCUAUUCUCAAUCGGUUGUAUUCUUUAUGUUGUUCUCUUUCAGGAACCUUAUUACUAGUCAAUAUGUAUAUAAAAGGUAUAGUUGACUUUUACAGGUCAAACAUAGUGAUUUUUAUAGUUUGAAAUUGAUAUAUAUGCACCACAUGGUCUUUAAAUGAUGUAAGAUGUCGUAAA